AUGUCUGCCUCCGUACAAGAUGCCAUUUGGGUCGUGCAAACAUUGGGAUUGGAAUACUUGUGGAUUGACGCGCUUUGUAUCGUGCAAGACGACUCGGAUGAGCUUACCACAGAAAUAUCAAAGCAGGCCCAGAUCUAUCAAAAUGGCGUCAUGACUAUACUAGCUGGUGGGGCACAUAGUGCAAAUGAAGGUUUCUUGCGUAAGAGGUCGCUGAAGCACCGUCGUUGCGUUAUAACGAUACAGAUACCAGGACUUGACAAUGUAAAGAAGAAAUUCAUCCUAGACAUGAGCCUGGCAAACCCCCAUGGACCCCCUACUGACCCAGUUAGGAGCAGAGCAUGGAUCUUCCAGGAAAUCAUUCUAUCUCUGCAUGUGCUGUAUUUCAGCCCGGCACAAAUGAUUUUUUACUGCCAAGAGAAAGCGUACUUCGAUGGAUGGGGCCCUGAAUACGGCUACUCGCUUGAUGAGAGAGUACCUGGAAUCAAUUCAGGUAUAGGGUAUAUGAACGCAAACGAGCUUUGCCGAACAUGGUAUCGACUCGUUACCGAAUACAGCGAACUAAAGCUUACAAUGCCCGCUGAUAAGCUUCCCGUAAUCUCAGCAGUGGCAGAAGUCUUUGGUUCAGCCAUUUCCGGAACGGAAACAGGACGCGAAAGCUACAAAGCUGGGCUUUGGGAACAGCAUUUUCCAACAAAUCUAUCAUGGUUCACCGAGAACCCGCCGCCUAGAUUAACAAGACCGGCAUAUCGAGCGCCUUCUUGGUCGUGGGCAUCGAUUGAUAGCUGCGUUUUUGACAGCUUACCCUUAAAAGACUACACUGUACCACCCAGAGAUUACAGGGAAGGUGUUCCCAUGGAAGAAGUAGUUGUUAAAUCUACUUCUUGCAAUGUUAAGCUUGCAUCGCCGGAGGCCCCCUUUGGCCAAGUUACUGGUGGCUACUUACAAAUAGAAGCCCCACUAACAAAGAUAACCGUCUCAAUGUCAUGUUUCGUAGGCUUAACCUCGUCUCGGUCGGAUGAUCGCAUAAGUGUCGGACUGCGGUACGACGUUGAUCUAUAUUGGCUAUCUGAUGUCAAAACCGACGCCCAUACUUACUAUCUUCUUCUCCUCGUCUUCGGGAAAGGAGGGGGGUGGCCUGAUCCAGAACUUGAUGUUGUUAUGGAAGGUCUGAUUCUCUCCAAGGCGGAAGACAAGGAGAUCUACUCCCGCGUUGGAUAUUUCUCGAGCGACUGGCGUGAGCCAGCCUCAGAACGCCAUGACUACCGCGAUUAUUUUCAAAUGAGCAAAGUCACGAUCAUAUGA